CCGCCGGCCGGGGACCUGGAGACUUGGGAGGGACUGCAGGGCGGAGAGGUUCCUUCUGAUUGUAACUUGGCAGCACGGGUCCCGCGGCCUCGCACCCUGGACAUUGGGCUCUUUUAACUGAGCGCUAGCAGAUGAUAGGCCCAGCAAGUGCUUAACACGAAUGGUCUCAGUUAACCUGCCCCACCCUAUGAAGUGAGUGCUGGUUUGGCCUGCGGAUACAAACAGGGGAGUCCGAGACUGCAGUUGGUGAAGGGUGCUGCCCUUUAUGGAGUCUCCCCCAAGUCGCUGCAGUUUGGCCGUGCCUUCAAGGACACUGUGCUAGUCAGAAAAAAAAAAUCUCAUUUAACCAUUAAUCUCUCUGAAAAUAUUAAUGCUGUAACCUUUAAUCUCUGGAAGGAAAUACAUGAAAAGGACUGUGUAUGAACCAUACAGGCUUCCGCUGCUGUUUAUAGUUGGGGGUGGGGGGCGGGGGAUGGGUGUAAUCUAAGUGCGCAGGAAUAGGCAAUGGUGAAGUGUCUAGCCGUUAGGAUGACUGACAUGGGACCUGACCUUGUGGAAAGAGGCAUAGGAAAUAAAAAAGUGAGAACAUUAUAAAAUAGCUGCUGGAUGCCGAUUAAGAUCAGAGCACAUUCGAUGUGAUAGCUAUAGUUUAAUAACCACAUGGCUGUUUUUUUCCUGUAGACCUGGGUAAGUGCUUAGUUCCCAACAAAGGAGAGCUGUGGACAGGGCAGGGCACUAAGACACCUGCUGGAAGGUGAAGAGUCUGCCUUGGAGACUUUUCGCUAUUAUUUUGAACAAGUCUCUGACUACUUGGGCCUCAGUUUCUUAUUCUGCACCACUAGGAGAAUUGGAUGAGAUGGAGAGUGGUGAAUUCCAAUGCCUUCAGGGGCUGUGAAGUGGCCAGGCACGUGGUGUUAAGUAUGUAAACUGGGCCAGUAGGAAGUAGGGAGGUGAGGCCUGGAGACACUGAGGAACACAUGCUUUGUCUAGAGGCUUUGAAAUGAAAGCACUGGAUCCAAACCAAGAUGUCUCUGGGCUUUACUUUGGGAACCUCAGGGCAAGUGUUUCCUGAGUGUCCAGUGGCCUUGGGAGUCUUUCUAAGGUAAAUCAGGCCAUACUGCUGUUCUGCUGAAGAGACUCCAUACCUUUCUGUCCGGCUUAGGACAAAUUCCUCACAUCAGCCCUAAGAGGUCGGCAUGGUUGGAUCCCACUCUCUCACUGCAUCCCCAUCACCCAGUUCUCUCUCUCUCUCUCUCUCUCUCUCUCUUUUUUUCAUCCACAGUCUAGACAAAUAGUAUUCCUUGCUGUUUCUCAAACCCUCCAGGCUAGUUCAUACCUCAGCCCUUACUUGCAUUUCUAUCUGCAUGGACGUGUGUUCUCGUGGCUGGUUUCAUAUCAUCAUUCACUCAUUGUCCCUGUUCGGAGACCCUGUCUUGAACAACCUACCUUAAAAUGGCAAAUGUGCCCUACUGUUUCAGCCACAAAAGCUCUUUCUUUUCUCAGUGCUCUAACUGUUGUCAAUAUCACUAGCAUUUAUCACUAUCUGCUUUCUUUGCCUGCUUGUUUGUUGUUUAUUUUCUCUUUCCUGUUUUGCCUACCUCUGAAGCCUGACUUACCUAGUGCAGUAUCCAGCCAGAGGGUUGUUUCCACCUGAAUAGUGCUCCAGUGCACGUGGGUUGGCAAAUGAUUCUUCAAGACCCCACUCUCAGUUCUUUUGAGUCUUUGAGCAGAAGUGUAAUUGCGAAUCACAUGAUGAUUCCAUGGUUAAAUUUUUGGGAGCCUCUGUACUACGCUGUUUCCAUAGCAACUGCACCAUUUUACACACACACGCACACACACACACACCCCAACAAUCCAAAAGGGUUCCAGUCUCUCCUCUUCCCACCAACACUUGCUAUCUCCUGGUUUUUGGACAGUAGCCACUGUAAAAGCUGUGAAGUAAUGGCUUAUUGUGGCUUUGAUUUGUGUUUUCCAAAUGACUGAUGAUGCUAGGCAUCUUUUCGUGUGCUUGUUGGUCAUUUGUGUGUCUUCUUUGGAGAAAAGGUCUGUGCAAGUCCUUUACCCAUUUUUAAGUUUGGUUGUUUGGGUUUUUGCUGUUGGGUUUUAUCUGAACUGUUUUUUUCUGGCAGUGGGAUUGGGCUUGUUGGAGAUGCCUUGUCUUCCAGAAUGAAGCUACUUAUUUGUAGAUGGCUAGCCAAAUCCUGCUAGGGAGAACUAAUAUUUUUCCCAAAUCUUUUUUUUGGGGGUGAGGAGAGUUCUGGGGAUUGAACCCAGUGCCGUCCUGAAUGUUCUGUGCCCACACUCUGCCAUUGAGCUUCACCUCAAGCACAUAUGUACCAGCUACCAUAUGUAUACACCAUCUUUCUUAUUAUUCUGGGCCACCUGUGACUUUGUAAAUGAGAGGUGAAGGGACUUGCUGCAGGUCCCACAGUGACACACAGUGGAGCUGGAAUCUGGACCAAGACCAGUAGGAGUCUCCACUGCCCUAGGCUGCCUCCCUAGAGGAACUUUUGGGCUCUCUGGUCAGAAACCAGGUCUAAACCAACUCUCCUUAUUUGCAAGUGAGGAAAAAGGUCCAAUGACACCAGUAUCACUCCCUUGGCUUCCCCAGCACCAACAAGGGAGUUCAGGUACCCAGUGGUGGUUUGGUGGCCUGGUAGCACCCUGGCCUUCAUUAUCUUAAGCCUUAUUUAUUAGCCAAAGGGGAAAUCUUAGGGCUGCAAGAAGACUGAGGAAGUACAACUCCUGUUCCCUGUCUACAACUCAUUUCCUAGGUGUUCCACUCUGUGUCUGCUUUCAUAGAAGCUUUUUUGUCCUUUGUGGAACAGCCACAGUGAGGCCCACACUCAGUACAUGGACUUUACCUCUGCCUUCCUUAUCUCCCUGAGUUUCUCCUUCAGAUCGUUGUGUUCGCUGAGGAGAGUGACUGCACGUGAAAGCCUGGCCACCACACUGAAGCAGAAAGAAUCCAUCCUCAACAUGGCAGGUAAGAAAGUUCUCAUCAUCUAUGCACACCAAGAACCCAGAUCCUUCAAUGGAUCCCUGAAGAAAGUGGCUGUGGAUGAACUGAGCAAUCAGGGCUGCACAGUUACCGUGUCUGAUUUAUAUGCCAUGAACUUUGAACCGAGGGCCACAAGGAAAGAUAUCAUCGGUCCCCUCUCAAACCCUGAGGUCUUCAAUUAUGGGGUGGAAGCCUAUGAAGCCUGCAAGAAGAGGUCUCUGGCCAGCGACAUUAUUGAGGAGCAGAAAAAAGUGCAAGAAGCUGACCUAGUGAUAUUUCAGUUCCCACUAUACUGCUUCAGCAUGCCGGCUAUCUUAAAGGGCUGGAUGGACAGGGUGCUGUGCCAAGGGUUUGCCUUCGACGUGCCAGGAUUCUAUGAUUCCGGUUUUCUUAAGGAUAAACGAGCUCUCCUGUCUUUAACCACAGGAGGCACAGCUGAGAUGUACACAAAAGCCGGAGUCAGUGGAGAUUUUCGGUACUUCCUAUGGCCACUCCAGCAUGGUGCAUUACACUUCUGUGGAUUUAAAAUCCUUGCCCCUCAGAUCAGUUUUGCUCCUGAGUUUUCAUCAGAAGAAGAAAGAAAAGUGAUGAUAGACUCGUGGGCCCAGCGACUGAAGGGCAUCUGGAAAGAAGAACCCAUCCACUGCACUUCUUCCUGGUACUUUGGGGAAUAACACUUUGCGCAUUGUAUGAGCAGCACCGUGACACAUGCAAGAAGAAGAUGGGGCUGUGUCCAGAAGAGCGAAGUGGGUAUACAUAGUUAAAGAUGGCCACUAAUGAGUGUCUUCAGAGUUUUAUACAGCCAGACCAAAUUUUUCAAUACUCAGUUUAUUAUAUUGAAUUAGUUCUGCCUGAUCAUUGGUUCACCUGAGUUUUCAGUUCUUUAAUGUCCUCUUGUAUCUUUCUAUCUCCCUGUGUUCAACCCUAUAGUAGCUUUAAAUCUCAGUUCUCUGGGCAUGGAGCUGGAUUCAGUUUUUGUUUAGUUUUUUUUCAUGACUCAACUUCAGUGUUUGUUUUUCUCCAAAGGAAUUUAAUCCAUUCCUAGCUAAUGUUUUAGUGCUAUGUUUGGAUCUAUUCUAUAUUCUUUUUAUUUUAUCUUGCAUGAUUAUUAUGAGGUCUAAACGUUUUUGGGUUUUGGCAGUACUGGAGUUUGAACUCAGGACCUUGCUCUUACUAGGUAAGUGCUCUACCAAUUGAGCCACGCCUCCACCCCUUUUUGGUUUAGGGUACUUUUCAGGUAAGAUCUGAUGCUUUUUAUCUGGGACCAGCCUUGGCCAUGAUCCUCUGCCUGUGCCUCCUGAGUAGCUGGGAUUAUAGAAAUAUGCUACUGCAUCCUGCAUAUGAAGUUUCAAUUGAAUGACUGACAAUAUAUUUUCAAGACUGUUAAAUGCUAUUUACAAUAAAAAUUUCAAAGCUUUAGUUUGAUGACAUUCUAUCACUGCACACAGGAUUAUGUAACACUGUGAGUAACUAUGGAUGUGCAUAGCCACAUGUAGAUAGAAGAAUCUUCCUGAAUGCACACUUAAGAGA